GUCUGAUUCUGCUCGCGAGUUGCUUGAGACCGUGGCAGUGUCUGGAUUAGGCACUGGAGAUCGAGGAUGUAACAUUCCUGAAGGGAAAGAAGGAUUGGAGGGGCUGUUGAAAAAGGAGUUGGUUACCAAGCUGGAGUUGGUUGGUCGGUUUGACCACAGCUUCUACAAGUUGACGCAAAUGGGUCAAAGGUGUGUUUACCCGUGCUUGAGAGCUUACCACCCGCAGAAACUGUUGAAUUUCAAGCGUGAGGGCAUAUCCUUGGAUGACUUUACAACUGCAGAGUUUGUUCUACACUUGGGGUCACAGGGAUGGCGAGAUGUGCUUUGUUCCAAAUUCAAGAAGAGAGAGCCAUUCACCUUGACAAACAACAACAAAAUCUGGUAUCGCGUUGAUGGUGUGCAGCUGAACCGCAUGUAUUUGCAUGCUCUUGCUGUGGCGGAG